AUGCUUUAUGUUGAAGUGCUGAACAUUCAAAGAAGAUCAGUUUAUUCUCUUACAGACCAAGAACGCAUGGCUGGCGAAGUUUGCCGAGCUUUCGAAACUGCUGGUGCGAAACCUCCAGCUGAUCUGAAGGCCAUGUUUGAAAAAUUCAAAGCCGAAAUGGCUGCGCAAGGAAAAGAAGUUCAUUUGGGAGGAAAAGGGUAUGCUUUACAGCCAUACGUGGUAGUUGUUGAGACUAUGGUAUGCUGUUUCAGUUUUGCUGGAAGUGGUUACAAGUAUGACGAAGAUGAAGCAGAAGCAGAUGCUACGAAGAAGAAGAUGACCCGUUUGGUUUGUGGUAUGGAGCAUGGCGCGGAUGAUGAUGAUGAGCUGGAUGAGCAGCUUUCAAUGAUGAUCAAAUCAAAGCGAAGAGUAGUGGAAGGACAAUAUGGUGCAAAUGGUAAAAAACAUUCUGAUGUGGAAGAUAAGGUGGCUAAAGCAAAAGCAAUGGCGGAGAAGUUAGCUACAUUGAGGAAUCUGAAUGCACCUGCUGAAAAGGAUGCCGCGCAAAAAGCGGCCGAAGCUAUCAUGAAGGGAGGUGAUAUUGCACCAUUCGAAAUGACUUCGAAAAUGAUUGCCAAGCAGUUGGCAGAUAAGCUGAAUGAAAAACUCAACUAUUUGGGAGUUUUUGGCUGGUCUCUCAUGCGCACAAAAAUUACAGGUGAGGCUCUACCGACGACUAGCCAAGAAGAAGAGUGGCAAUACUUUGAGGAAGAGCUUGACAUCAACGAUUUUCCGCAGCAAGUGCGAUAUCGUGUUUGCAGUAGGGAGUCAUUGGGCCAUAUCUCUGAAUUUGCCGAUGUUGGCAUUUCCGUGAAAGGCUCACAUUAUCCGCCAGGAAAGGAGCCAAAAGAUGGUGAAAGAAAGCUGUAUCUGUUGUUAGAAGCUCGACAUGAAAGGAAUUUGAAAUGUGCAAAGGAAGAAAUUGUCCGGAUAAUGAAAGAAGCAUUCCGGCAAUUG